AUGCUGCGCCACGUGCUGUGCGUGCUGGCCCUCGCGCUGUGCUGCACGUCUGUGUGGGUGACAGCAAGCGACAUGCCUAAUGGUGCAGUUGAAUUGAAGCUUAAGAACGGCGACGCGAAGAUAACGCUGACAGAGACAGUUGAUGACAGCAGCUGCACAGCGAAGAUAGCUGCAGCUGGUGGGAAGAGCAGCGAUGUUUCCAUUUCCACGACGGUUACUUUGAAGAAGAAGAAGGCGGAUGCGCCAACAGAAACGACUGAAAGUGAGAAUGGGCAGUCUAAGAUUGUCAAAGUUCCUGUUGGGCACAGCUUAACGCUUGUCACCACACUGAAUGCUGAGUGUACGAAGGAAGGCGCAACGGUUUCACAAGCCCCUGAAACAACGUGUACGGGGACCGUGGAGGGCGUAGCUACCAACACUAUCACCUAUGAUGCCACCAUGAAACCAACUCCAACUGUCCAUAGCGCUGUAAACCCCUCGCUAGCAGAUAAUCGUGAAGUGAGUGUCCCAGUUGGGUCCAACGUGAAACUCAUUGCGAAAGUUGUUGCUACAUGCGCCGCUGUGUCAGAAGCCCACUCAUCAAGACACUCCACAGGGACUAUAACUUCUAGCGAACGACAAGAGGAGUCCCUUGAUGUCAAAGGUGCUGGCAGAAUUCUUCCCCCAGCUGAAUCUCAUCCAUCCAAGCACACCCCUAUCAAACCAAUGACAGGCGAUCAGCAGACUCAGGGCGGUAAGACCUCUCAGCAAUCCAACAAUCCAGUGGGUGGUUCCCUCACGGGAGAUCCAAAGCCAACUGGUCAAGGUGAUGCCGAUGAAAGGAGCAGUGCUAUCACCAAUGACGACCCGGCUCCUGCUUACAGCGAGGUGGGCGGCACAGAAACCGAAAACACAGUCCCAGUGAAGGACACCGAUUACACCGCCUCCACAGUCACACCUCAAUCAGAGACCACCGCUGAAGAAGCUCCCAAAACUGAUGUCGGUGCGCCCACCUCUGCGGGAGAGGGCGUGAAGCUUCCUGAACGCAACACCGACGCCAGCAGCAGCAGCAGCACUGCGUGGGUGCGUGCCCCACUGUUGUUGCUGCUUGCCGGCGUGGCCGUGUGGUAA